ACAGAGCAAAACGACACUCCAACCAGUGCUUUUUGCUCUGUGUGUUGUUCUCUGCUUCACACGGAAUACGUUUCGACUAUCCAGAUGCAAAGUAUUGUCCAGUCGGACAAUUCGCGUUUGGAAUACAAGUCCAGGAACUUGAGGCACAACAACAACUCGGGGGAUUCGCGUUUUAUUGUGAGAACAUUGGCAGGAUUCUAGGUUUUGAACCAGGUAUAUAUGGUCUUAUAUCCGAUAAAACUGUUCGCAUGGAGUUUACCGAAUCCCAGGGAAAUUGGGAUGUUCCAAGCCGUUGUCCCGAUUUGAGUGGUAUUGUGGGAGUCAACAUGUCAUUUGGACAGAACGGGAUUCUCAAGUCCGUCACUCCUACCUGUGGAGCACCGUUUGAUUUGGAGCAGGGUCGCACUGCGAUGCUUAAAGUUGGUUUCGGGGAAGGUCUUCCUUCACUUGGAAGUAUUGAAUCCACUACUUGCGACCAGGGUCUCGCUGUAUCCUCGAGUCCAGUUGGCACUGAAUACUAUCUUCCUCUGGCAUUCAAGAAAGGCAAUCGUGUUACAAGAAAUAUCAGUGACCAGGAAAUGGCAGCUAUUAAAACAGGAGUUUUCGAAGGGAUUGAUUAUCAUCACGACAUCUUAAAUGUGAUUAACGCUGAUCCGCGAAUGGAAGGAGACAGGUAUAUGAUGGAACAUUUCAAAGAGGAAAUCAAGAAAGCAUUCGAGAAUCCACAAAAUCCGAAGAUCGUUUUUGUGACUGGAGCUAGAACUCACACAUCCAUUCAUCAACUGACGAUCUAUGUUGGUGAGCAUCGCAUUGGAUUGAAGAAGAUUAUUCGAUAUGUUAACGGAAAACAGGUUCCCAAUACGAGUACUGGUUGUGGUUUCAACUAUAUUGUCUUCUCUUGCCUGCUUGUAACUCUAUUUGGUAUUUAAUAAAGUGAUA